ACACACACACACACACACACACAACAAUGCUAGACACCCCUCUCCCGCACAUCCUCCUCCCCAUCCUCCUCCCCCUCGCCUUCUACCUCCCGCCCUUCCCCCACCGCGGCGCCGUCUUCGGCGUCCUGAUCUGCGCGAACGCCGCCGCCUGCGCCGCCGACGAGUUCCCGCGCGCCGACCGCGUCGCGCGCUACGCCCUCAACGGGCUCUGGAUCUUUUACUUCCCGGCCCUCGAGAAGCUGCUGCUGCACGAGCGGCCCGAGCGCGACUUUUGGCGCCUUGGAGGAGGACAGCAGCAGCAGCAGCAGUCCGGCGGGGCGACGACGCGCAUGGCGCCCUGGUCGUGGCAAAAGGCGCGCUGGGCCCUCGCGCUCGUCGCUAGCCCCAGGGCCGUGGGGUGGAGUCACGGCUGCUGGCGGGGGCGGCGGCGGAGGGGGGUAGGGGGUGGUGGUGGUGGUGGUGGUGGUGGUGGUGGUGGUGGCGGUGGUGGUGAGGACGUCGCAGGUGACGACGUGCCCGGCCAGAACCAGCACAAGGGGCAGGGGCGCGCCCGCUUCAUGCUUGGGCAGCUGGCGCGCGCGCUGGUCGGGACGGUGACGAUCGAAGCCGCGACCAUGGUUGGCCGCCGGCUGCUGCUGCGGGCGGGCGGCGGCGCGCCGCGGCCGCUGAUGGAGCUGCUGAUGGGCGCGACGGUGUGGGGGUCGUGGACGGCGCAGUACGGCGUCGCAGCGGCGGCGGGCGUCGGGCUGGGCCUGAGCGAGGCCAAGGACUGGCCGCCCAUCUUUGGCAGCGUCGCGGCGGCGGACUCGGUGGCUGGGUUCUGGGGGGAGUUUUGGCACGGAAUCCUCCGGCAGCCCGCUCUCGGGUUCAGCCACUACUUUGUGCAACGCCUGGGCAUCGCCAGGGGCACGCCCGCCGCGCACGCCGUCCACCUGCUGACCGCGUUUGGCUUCAGCGCCCUGUUCCACGCCGUCAGCCUCUACCCGAUAUCGAGGGGUUAUGUCCCGGUGACGGACCUCUGCGCCGGCAUGUUUGUCUUCUUUCUUGGGCAGGCGGUUGCUAUCCUUGCCGAGACGGCAGCCUCGCGCAGAUACCAGGGGCCUCUCUCCGCCGACUCUCCGCGUCGCCUGCCCCGCUGGGUCGGGUACCUGUGGGUUUCGGCGUGGCUCGGGGUUUCUAGCUGGCCAUUUGUCCGCAUCUAUCUGGCACUGGGAGCCAUGGAGUGGAGGGCACCGUUCCAGAUUCUGGAGCCCUGCUUGAAAGCUCUGGGGUAUGUUGUAUAA